GCAUCCCUCAUUUCUGGUUGGACUCACGUGAGACGUAGCUCGUAGCUGAUUUCAGUUGUUACCGUUGACCAUGUGCAGCAGCAACAGUAAUGUUUUUUCUGGGGGCGAGGUGAUGCAAAACUACGAUCUAGGUCGGAAAGAUUUCGUGUAUAUGAAGGAAAUGGACGAAAUUUUCGAAAAAAAGACCAACAUUUACCCGGAGAUUUUGCUUGAUGGUGCAAACGUUGUGGCGGAGGCAGCGACCACCAACCAACCAAGCGACCAGGCUGUUCCAGGUCCAUCGGGAUACUCGACGAAGGACUCUGCAAGUACAUCCACCCCUCCUCACAAGAAGCUUAAACUGAAGAGUCGCACAGUAAGAGAUUUCCAAGAAGAGAGGAGCAAUUAUUUACAGGAGAGGCUUGAGAUGGAGCGGGAAAGACAGAAAAAGAGAGACGAGAGGGAGAAAGAGAGGCUCCAGUUGAAACGGGAAAACUUGGAACUGAAACGUGAAUGGAUGGAAGUUAAUCGUUCUUUGCUGAAUGCAACGUUGGAGCAUAAUAUGCUCCUCAGGAAGUAUUUUGAGGCUCGGAUGAGUUCUCUUACAAAAUUUCAUUUUUAAAUCUUUUCUUUAUAUUGUGCCCUUUCAAUUUUUAUAAUUUAUGUAUCACAAAUAUUGCUAAUUAUAUCUUGAACUCUCUGCUAGAUACCUAAACUUUAAGUAGUGGUUUGUUAGUGAUAAGUGUUGGAAUUUGAUAGGUAUUUACCACUUGCUCUAUUGCUGAUAAAAUGCAUGGCAGAGGGUGUGUGCCAUUUAUUAGAUUUUCCCAUUAUGUUCAUGUAGAAGUGCCUCUGUGUGAGCUGUAUUUGGUCUAAUCUAGUCUCGAUCCCUACAGGAGUUAUGUGUAGAAGACUAGUACAGUCAUUUAAAGCUGUUUCUUAAAUCUUUGUGAGUAGGCUUUCUUGGGACACUGUGACUGUUAGUCUACCAGUUCAUUUAAAGCAUCUGUGACACUUUCAUGAAUCCACCAUGUGACUAUUUGUUCAGUCUGUAUAUUCAAUAUACCUCUUUGUUUGGUUAUGAGUCUCUCACUCUCAAGCAAUAGUCUAGGGAUGGUGGCAAAAGUGAUUUAUAAGCAAUCUUCUUUGUAGACUGAUUGCAUUUCCCUUGUAUUCUACAAAUAAACCAAAAUCUGAUUUUUUUUUUAAAAUGUCUGUCCCCAAAUAGAUACUUCGGUCAGUUCGGGACUGUGUGGCAAGUCAUUCUUUCAUUGCUCUAUUUUUCCUCCAGUAUUUUCUCAUCGUGUCUUCCCUUCAGAACAGCUCACACUGAUCAAUGCUUCUGCGUUUGGAAUCCUAAAUCUGAAACCUUACAGGGGGUGGGGGGAGAGCUACUUUCAUUUAUAAUUAACUGCUAAGAUAUUGCUUGUUCAUUUGUUCCCACAUAUCUGGAGAUAAAUUUCUUAGGCUGUUUUCAUUUGUCCUGUUUAACUCAAAAAAAAAAAAAAAAAAAAAAAUUCAUUUACUCAUUUUUUAUAUUGUCAUUUGUUUUAAUGCUUUGCAUGUUAUUGGCCCUAAGAAAUUUUAGUCACGCAGUUUCUUCAUAGUUUUGUUAUAUUACAAUUAACUGCUAGGCAUUAAUUUAUAGGUCAUUCAUAGUGAAGCACAGUUGUUUUAACCCUUGUAAAAUUAACUUUGCAUUCAUUCUGUUCUAUUUUGUGUAUAAAUUUGAUAUUUUUCUAAUUAAUUUAUUGAAAUAUCUUCAGAGUUACUUGAACUUUCACCUAUUUGACCAUCAUUAAGUUUUCGAUGUAAAUUAGCUUUUAUUUUCAGAGGUUGUUCUGUGGGAUUCAGUGGUUACUGAUCAGAGAUUUCUAAAUAUAGUACAGCAGAAUUAGGUGCAAAUGCGAGGUAAUUUAAAGUUCAUUAUCUUCCCAUCCAGAUAAUCCAUGAGACUGAUUUACAGCUCCAUGACUAAUAUGCAAAUCCCAAACAAGUGCCUGGCAGCUAGUUCCACUCGAAGCAAGUGGGGAAAAAUUAACUUCAGUCAAUUUGUGUGUGUUCAGAUUUAUUGUUUUCAUUUCUGUGUUGUUGCACAUAUUUUCACAUUUACAGGAGAAAGCUGUCAUUUCAUGACAUCCUCAUACCACAAAGUACCUUUAAUUGUUGCCACGCAAACUUGCAUAUGACACACCUCUCUAUUUUGUAAUACAAAAUGAGCUGCCUUUAAACCUUUUUGGGGUCUUCAGUCAUAAGAAUCCCAUACUGUGAAGCAGUUCUGUGGCAGAGGAUGGACAAGUGUACUGUAAGCAACCUCUUUUGUGGUGCUGUUAAAUCUUCAGUGUCCUGCCAAUCGGAUACAGUCUCUCGUUUGCCUCCCCAACAUUUUCUCUGUGAUCAUUAGCUACAAUGUUAGGAAGAGUGCCUGGGACUCACAGUUUGGUCAUCUUUCCAUAUGUUUAUUAUUAAGUACCUAGGACAUGUCACCCAUAAACUAACUUAUAUGACUAAUUACACUGUUAUGGAUUUAAAUUUACUCACACCAAAAUUAGUUGAUGCAGUAGUUGUUUGAGUUUAUUAUAAAUGAUUUUACGAACCACAUAUUCCGUAUUGUGUUAAUCAUUUCUUCAAAUUGCAUGCUUUGUCCUGUUUCCUUACUAAAGUCCUUAUGAGCUCAACAUCUUGUCAUGCAAAUGAUAGGGUGUUGGCUCAUUGUUUUUACAGGUUGAAGCUGAGGGCAUCAGAUGUCGCGUCUGUGAAGAGCAACGGAGGAGUAGUGAUUAUAAACUGUAAUUUUGAACUGUGCAUUUGGUGAUUAUAGUUUCAGUGUAAUUGUGGCUUGUCUUUGUGUUUGUAGUUAAAUUGUAAUUGGGAACUGUGCAUUUGAGUA